UUGUUGAAAAAUUUCGUCCGUUGUGUUGUUUUACGUAGCCUUUUAAGAUGGUUUGGUUUUUUUUUUCCAAAGGGACGAAGAGAAAUCUUUUAUGGUUCAACUUGUGGAACUUGGCUUAGUUGAAACGCUUAACGACAGUGAGAUGAAAUCGUCAGGGUCUCCUGGAGUUAAGAAAGGAGGUAAGACAUCGAUCGCCAACUGGCGUCAGGCUGACUCGAGCUGUGUUUUAUACUGUGAAGACUGUGACCGCCCUUGCUACCUGUCAGCGGUGACGAGUGAAGAUUACCCUCAAGUUUUGUGUUUAAAACACGCCGUGGAACACAUUCGCGAGAAAGGCUCGCCAGAGGGCUUCAGAAUUUUAAGCAGACACGAUACCGUAAGUACACGAUGCUAUGAUUUAAAUUGCACUUAAUCAGGAGCGUAUUUCCCAGUAGACUAGCUUGAGAUAAACGCUCCCGAGCUGUCGGCUCCUGUCUGCAAGAGCAGAAAACUGACCGAAAGUAACUUUGCAGUGCAGCGAGAAGUAAACGAGAACAGAAGUCAUUUUCACAGAAUAAUCAGCUUAAGGUUGUUCGUACUCGAAAAUGGCAGUAGCACUGGCUCUUACUGUAGCAGUACUUACUGUAGUAGAUGUCACGUUGUGUCAAGUGACGUCAUAACCACCGUCGUUCAAUGUUGCUUAGCAAUGUUUUGAUAAAGACCGCUGGCUUAGUUGAGUUUUGGUGACGGUUGACUCAGUCAAAAAGGACCAAAAUGUAGUGUUCCGCUGACAUGACUCGUUAAACCUUACCAUACGUCACCUAAUCCGUCAUAAGAAAUGUUUGUGCGUCCGAAGUCAGAAAUAGAUAGACUGUUUUGAAAUUAGCAAGUUUUUCAGUGUGAAUUUUCAUCGCGAUCUUUAAGUGUUCAAAAUUGGGAAGAUUUACAUGGAACAAAAGUUGCUGCGUGACCAACUUUGUUAUCCACCAUGCAAACUCUUUAGAUUCUUCAAGUGUCGUAACAUCUUGAACGUACAAAAAAGGUUACCUUACUGGUUUUGUCACGUUAUUCGUCAGACUUGCCACUUGUUGACCUUUUCUUACUCCUUGGCACAUUUAUCUCCGUCGAGCGAAGCGAGAGAGCGAUCUUCGAGCGAUGAAGUAGCGAGCGCGAGCGACGUAAUUCCCCAGGGAAUAAUCAUUGGAAAGGACUUUUAGAAAGUUUAGUUAUUCGUCAUCUAUGUCUCGUGUUACCUAACACAAAAUUGAUGUGUUUUUGUUUUGUUUUGUUU